ACAAGAAAUAAUUCAAUAAUGGCAUGAAACCUUUACUCUUCCACCAUCUAGUAACCUCCUCUUCUUCUUCUUCUUCCAAAGAAGGGCAAAUGAGUGUGAGCAACGCAUCGGUUCACCCGGUGGAAGCUCCUCCUUCUCUUCCAGCUCCAGCUCCAGAAGGUACACAACAAGCGCCACGUGUGAGGAUGGAAGAUAUACAAGGGAUGCCUGCGACUUCACUGGGCCUCGCACUUCGUUUCUUUCAGUUCUUCUUCGCAGCUGCUUCCCUCUCCGUCAUGGCCUCUACCAAUGACUUCCCUUCCGUUUCCGCUUUCUGCUAUCUAGUUGCAGCCACUGGCCUGCAGAGCUUGUGGAGUCUUGCACUAGCCACACUUGAUGUCUAUGCCAUUAUGGUCAAACGUUCCCUACACAACCCUCGUCUCCUUACCUUGUUUGCAGUUGGUGAUGGGGUUUGCUGCUCUUCCUUCUUUUCUCUUCAACUUCUGGUCUCUCGCUUCAUCAUCAUCCCAUUGAAUAAGACCGAAGACGAGAUCUGUUUCAACCCUGCGUGUACAUAUAGUGACUGGUUUCUUCUUCUUUCGUUUUGUUGUUGUAACACUGACAAAGAAACUUACUAAUGCAAAUGGUUGCAGAUUGAACUACCCUGUCAUAGUUGUAACAUCUGUAACGACUAGAUGAAUUAUAAACAACAUAAGAAGAAGGAACACAAACACACUUAA